AUGAGUGAGUACACCCUGACGAGAGUAAGGUCGGCUGCCGCUUUGCGCAAUGCCAAAAGUUUGCCCCCAGGCGAUUUCGUAAAUACGGUAAGUUCACAGUAUUCAUUGUUGUGUGGCUACUGUAACUGUUAUACUGAUUGUAAUUAACUGUAAUUUAAAAAUAUUUGAUUUAUUGAUCAAUUUGGAAAGUGAUUUAUGAUGGAUAAUAUAGCUGAAAAGAGCACCAUCAGUCGGUUCCCUUCCCGCACAGUACUCCAAGCCAUACUAUCUAACAUAUUAUGCUCGUACUAGUCCCCUGUACCUUCAUUACUCAAACGACAGCGCGGUAUGUUAUUAUGUGUUGUAUUAAAUAUAGCUUGUUACCCAGUAAAUUUAAAUAAACUGUCAUUACUACAUAAUUUAAUUUCAAAAAAUUAUUACCAUUCAUUGUAAUCUUAUCAUUUGCAAUAACAUGCUUUUGAUACAGGCAUACGAUGACUGGUACGACCAGUACAGAUUUGCCAUCCCGAGGUACCAUCCAGUAAGGAACUACUACAACAAAUACUCUCCUUCCUUCAAUUACUACGGUCGUUAUCCUUAUCUGUACAGAAGUUACCAGUAAGUUUAACCAAGAGAUUUCCUUUCUUAAACUGUAAAGACUAAACCUAGACAUUUAGACUGAACUAUGGAGCUCCAUAUUACCCAUCCAGACACUACGACCCUUACCAAGACCCGUAUGUGAAGAGGACCUACAACCAGUACACGUCUUCUCUCGUCAAUCGUAUGUUCUUGCCAUUACUUUUCACAAAUUUAAAAGUAGUAGUUAUCUUCAACUGAUUGUUGUACUUUUAGCUUACUGGCACUAA